AAUCUUCAUAUAUUAACAGAUUUGUGUCUGCUGAUAAUAAUGAACAUCUCAAUAUUGAAUUGUUAAUUGAAAACUUGAAAAAUAUGAUAAUAAAGAAAUUGUCUGUGUUAUGUGUGAUCAGAUCUUCUAUAUUCUUCUUUACUCUCUCUGUUUCUUUCUCUGCUACUCUCUCUCAAUCUCUUACAUCUGUCUCUGUGUCUGACUCUCUCUCUCUCACUAUCUCUGUUUCUGUGACUCUCACUUCUGCUACUUCUGCUCUCUCUGCUUCUACUGUCUCUGCUUUUAUUAUCAGCUCUCUCUGUUUCAAGAAGAUAUUAUGUAGACUUAAUAAAUUAUAUCUGUCAGUAUAUACACUUCUACUCUUCUUACUGACCUCUAGAAUGAUUUAUU